AUGGUGACCAGCAAGCGUGUGGCACGCUUCGCAAACGACUUUGGUUGGCAACUUUUUGAAGCAGAGCCCGAAAGGUACACCAGGGAAGAGCUGCUUGACUUGUGGGUAGCAUUUUGCGAGGAGCAGGGUACGUCUACCGGAGGUUUCAGCGGUGUGCUCUACUGGCUUCAGGUCUGGUAUGUCCUGAAGCCUGUUGGUCGCAGACGGGCCUCUUUCCGAGUGCUGCGGCCAGUGCAGAGCAAGUCUUGGAAGGAUCCAUGUCCUGGAGAGCUCGAGGGAAGCCUAGAAGGCCAGAGGCCUGUGGUGCCUGUGACCUUCGAGCGUGCACUGCAGCCCUCUUCGCUUGGGGCAGCUUUCAAGAAGCUGAAACAAUGUAGCAUGGCUGAGAUGCGAAAGCGUCUGAAGCAACUCUUGGAAACUCUGGAAGUUCCAUGCCUAAAGCUGUCGAGUGGCCUCCAUGGGACUCUUGAGAUAUCUCCCGAACACUUACAGAUUUGGCCUGAAAUCUUCAGCAACUUGCUCCAUGCGGAAGAGCUCCAGAUGAGCUUUGACAUCGGCAUGUACGACAUGCAUGUGAGGGAUCCAUUGGAGCCAACUUUCGCUGUGGGUGUUUCAAGGCUUUUUCGCUUGGAAGUGCCGGGGGUGGCCGAGAAGCGGCCCUCCGUUCUACGCGGGGAUGCUGUCUUGGUCAUCAGCAAAACGGGUCGCUUCAAGGCGUACGUGCACCGAGUUCAACUUGAUAGGGUGGAUCUGUCCUUUCAUGGCAGCUUUGACAACACGCCGCCUUUUGAAGUCAAGUUCUUUUUCACCAGAACUCCUUUGAAGUUGAUGCAUCGUGCCCUGAAAGAUACCAGAGAUCGGAUACCGUUCCUUUACAGCCGCAGCACUGCUCGCCAGACCCCUCGAGCACCAUCCCAGUCUCACGUUUUCACAGCUCUGGGCGAGUUGAACGAGGAGCAAAGGGACUUUGUGAGCGCAGUGGUACAGGCCAGGAAAGUCACACAGAUUGAGCUUUCCCUGGAAGAGAAGCUGCUGGCGGAGAAGCUCUCAGCCGACACAACGGAUGCUCGGGAGCGCCGAUUGGCGGAGUACGGAACCAGGAUUCUCUACCACCAGACGGAUGCCGCUUCUGCCGCAAAGAUCUUGGAAACAGGGCGAAUGUUCAGAGGCCGCUCUGGCGCUCUGGGCGGUGGCAUAUAUUUUGCCAAGACCCCUGAAGCCACGCACCGAAAGGCACAUAGCCACGGCCCAAUUCUAGUGUGCUCUGUGAAGCUUGGUCGAACCAAGGUUGUGUACGAAUGUGAUUCCAAUUUGACCUUCACUCAGUUGCAGAGGCAAGGUUAUGACUCUGUGCUGUACGAGGGGUUCAGCUCGGGUCCUGAGUACGUCGUCUACAACUUUGACCAGGUCAAGCCCCUAUGUAUGCAUGAUGACCAUGCGCCUUCGGUGAGGUUCCAUUUGCCUCUCGUGCUUUGGGGCCCGCCUGGCACUGGCAAGACCACUACGCUGGUCGCUGCAAUUCAACACGUUCUGGACAUACCCGGGGCCAAAGUGUUGGCCACUGCGCCGUCCAAUGCUGCAGCAGACUUGAUAUGCGAGAAGCUGAGCAAGAAGGGGAUUCGCAAAAUGCUCCGCCUGAACGGCAUGCUCCGCAAUGAAGGUGACGUUCCGAGCUCGGUGAAGCCCUUCACCAGCAAAGGUCUCGCCUUCGAUACAUUCAACAUCCCUACCCUUGCAGAACUUCAGCAAUAUAACGUCAUAGUCUCUACUUGCACGUCGGCUGGCUACUUGGCCAGUCGAACCAGCUUGCCCGGCUGGUUCACCCACGUGUUUGUAGAUGAAGCCGCGCAGGCUUUGGAGCCAGAGGUCUUGAUUCCAGCUAGCACAGCCGAACCCGGGGCCCUCGUGGUGCUCGCUGGCGACUUCAAGCAGUUGGGUCCGAUAAUACGGUCGCCGGAGGCUGCUCGCCUCGGUUUGGACACCCCGUUUCUGGACCGAAUUGUACAGCACAUUGGCAUCGACCAUCCGAGAGUUCACACGCUCUUGCGCUCUUACAGAGCCCACCCGAGUAUCCUCCAUAUCUACAAUCAAGUCACAUACGGCGGAAUGCUGAGAUGCUUGUGCCCUGAAAGCAGCCACGAUAUGGUUGGAUGGAGGUGUUUCCCCGUCAACGGGCACCCAGUCAUAUUCCAUCAUGUUUGUGGAACCGAAGCUCGAGAGACAACUUCUCCCUCAUGGUCCAAUCCAGAUGAGGUGGAGGUGAUCCGCGCCUACGUGCAGGAACUGAAAACCAAAGGUGUCUACGCAUCUGACGUGGGAAUCAUCACACCUUAUCAGCUACAGUGCAAGCGCCUUCAACUCAUGUGCAGAACGGAAUCGUUCCCAGCCCAGGUAGGAACCACGGAGCAAUUUCAGGGCCGUGAGAGCCGUGUCAUUUUGCUAACGACUGUGCGCUCUCGUCAAGAGAAUGAGGUUCCACAGGACCUGAAGUUCGCCCUCGGGUUUGUUGGUAAUGAAAAGCGCUCCAAUGUUGCUCUCAGCCGCGCUCGCUCUGCACUGGUCGUAGUGGGGAACUUACGGCUCCUGUCUGCAGACCGUCAUUGGCAUAAGAUCAUACGUCUGGCCAUGGACAAGGGCUACUGUGCUGGUCCGCCGUUUGAACUCCAAACGCCCUGGAUCAUCGACGGUCAGGCUUCUCAAGCAGUUGCCGGUGGAGCUGAGCAAGAGUUGGUGGCACGCGCUUGGCAGCGGUUCGAGUAG